AUGGAAGAACUGAAAAUUUGGUCGAAGAAAAAUCGUCUAAAAUCAGAAAUAACUUUCAACCAAGAUGUCAAUCACAUCACUGGAAGAGGCCUUUAUUCCCCAAAAUCAGUUCGAAAAGGCGAACCACUCUUGCAAGUUCCCACUGGGCUCAUCAUCGAUCUUCCAUUCAUUCUCGACGAAUGUUGCAGUACCUAUGAGUUCUUCGAUACCUACACCGUCAGCAGAUUCCCUCAAAAAGUUUCAAUUCCCCAUCAAGACAUAUUUAUCCACUUCUUGAUCGCUGAAGCAGCACAGAAAAAUGCAUCACGAGUAGCUGGUUGGAUCGGCUCUUUUCCUCGGGAAAGCAAUCAUCUACCAUUCAACUGGCCUAUCGACAUUCGAAAAUGUGUUUGCGACGAGUCUCUUCAGAAAGCAAUGAAAGAAGAAGCUGCUCAGUUUGACGCGCUCGUCUCUCGCUUCGAGCAUUACUGUUCUGUCAUUGAUGACGUCAAAUUCUCAAGGGAUACAUUAGCGUGGGCCUACUCUGUCUGGUCAAGUCGUCUUUACGAGUUGCCUGAAUUUCCUGAAAGUUCAUCUCAAAGUGCAAGCUUGCCAAAGUGGCUUGAAAGAAGCGACCCUACCGACUUGAGGUCAUUCGGCUUCCUCCCGAUCUUUGACCUAAUCAAUCACUCUUCCACUCCGAACGUCUUCCUAAAUAUUCGAAGAAAACAUGUCUGGGAUAAAACCAAAAAGAUCCACUUCUCUGAAAAAUAUCUUCUUUCUCUUGAAGCCAAGAAAAAUAUCACCAAAGGAGAAGAAUUAAAGUUGUCUUAUGGCGACUUUUCGGAUCGUCAGCUUUUCCUGAAAUACGGUUUUGUUUUAUCAGCAGGAGAAAAUAAAUCAGCACGGCUGGAUAUUUCGCCUCGGCUGGUUCAAGAUACAGGCAUCAAAGCUUCUGGCGCUUAUUGCUCUUACGAUGAUCUGCAUGUCUCGAUCAGGGAACGAAAAGAAAUCGUCCAAGAUCUCCACCUCGACUCCUUUUUCUUGCAAAAAACUGGCGAUGAGUUAACAACAGACCUUCAUCAAGCAGCCUUAGCAUUUCUUCUCCCGGGAACAACGAAAGAAUCCACGAUUUUGCAAAUUAAAGAAAGAAUGGGUGUCAACCAAAAAACGAAAAUUGCGUUGAAGCAUUUUUAUGUUCAUCUGACAGAAUCGAUUAAAGAAAAGCUCAAGAACGAAAUUGCAGAACUAGACUUCCGUCUUUGUCGAGAACGAUAUCCAAUAAAAUACCAUCUGGUCAAGUCACUCAAGAAAAGCGAAAUCGCUCUGGCUAACGAACUCUUUGAAACCUACAAUAAUCAACUUCAAAUUCUGAAGAAUGGAGAAAAAGCUGCUAGGCCUCAAGUUCUUUCAACAAUUACAAAUCUGGGCUCGCAGAAAAAGCCAAAAGAAGUUGGAAAUUCCGGAAAUCAAAAUAUUCUCUCCCGUCUUCGAGAAAAAUUGGCGAAGAAAUCAAAACCAGCGGAGGAGUCGAAAAUCGUUACCGUUGCGGAAAGAUCAGCUGGAGUGCGAAAACUUCAUCAAUUCCGAGAGCAAGUUCGACAAGAAGAUCUUUCAGAAAAGACGGAAGAAGAGAAAGCGAUAUCUCGGAUAUGUCGAUCGAUUCAGGCUAUUCUUUCCGAACGGAUACAUCAAAAAGCUCCCUUCUUUCUGCUUCUUCCAUUUACGCCGCUGAUCGACCAAGAAGUGGAAGACAACAGAUUUCACCAGGGACAGCUUCUUCGAUCACCCGGUCGAAUACGAUUAGUUCUUCUGGUCUUGGCCGAGAAAGAUCUCCAUACUUCAGAAGGUCUGAUUCCAUUGAGCGGAAAACUCGAGUUCAAACAGUUGUCAACUCUUAUUCUUCAUCAUCUUCAUCAUCGACAGCAGGGUCUUCUUAUUCAUCUUAUGGCCGCUACGAUCGAUCCUACAGAGUUCCUUCUUUAUCCCCAAAUUCCUAUGGAAGCGUUUCUUCUUCAACCGCUCUGA